GUGGGAGCUGUGGACUCAUCGCGACCUCGCAGACUCGCAGUAAUUGGCCUGUCGGUCAGUGUGCAGUGCACCCGGUCUCCGGCAGUCCUUUGUGAUGCCCUGAGCCGUGAUAGCCUUGUCUGCGCAGUAUCUCUUGGCUGGCCUGUGCACCUGUUGUCAUCCAAAGUUCUCAGCUGGAAUGACAGUCGAUAUUUUGUCUUGUAGUUACUCCGAGCUACCACUAGCGUUGCACUACGGGCGGUAGCAAACCCUCCUGCAAGUUCGCACGGCGCCUACGUGUCCUCUCACGGCAUCGCCAUUUCUGCGUCGACGCUCUCACAGAUCCACUCUCUAUCACCGCUUGUGCGACCAUUUGUCUCCUUCAGGUAUUAGUCGGCGCCCACCCCGGCACCGUCGCUCACUCUCCUCCUCUGGGCCCACCGAUCUCACACCGGCGCCCCCCACGCACACAGCCCGCCCGGUGCCAAUCUCCCGUCGCGAACGCCAGGCGCACGUCCGGCAGGCGGUACCCCGACAUCUGUCUGCGCCCUUGCAGGCGUGGCCCUGUCCGCUGUGGGAGAUCUUCCGGCUCCGUGGGCUCGGAAUUUACCAAUCGUGCGGACACGACCCGAGGCUGCGACACUUCCCACUGACGUGCGCGCCGCACAAUGCUCGGAGCUCCUCCGGACGGCGCGUCCUAUAAACCAGGCACGCCGACGUCUUCCUCCUCCUCUUCAGCCACCCCUCUCUCUGUCCGCCCGCCCUCUGUUCCUCCGCGCCACCACCACCUCCUCGUCCGCACCCGCCUAAGCGCUAGCUAUCCAUCAUGCCUCCCCCGGUCAAGACGCAGCCCCCCACCAAGCUCGAAUUCACGAUGAACUCGUUGCGCAACACCGCGCUUUCCACGGAUGACGACACGAUGCACUACGAAAUCGUCACACGUUACUGGCACCCGAACGUCACCAAGAUCAACAAGUUCGACAUGGAGACCCGCGAGCUCAUCACCAUUGGCGAGAUCGAGGGCCUGCAAACGAAGGAGCCCCGCGUACGCUUCGGCGGUGACAAAGGCCAGUGGAUCUCGGCGACCGACUUCCUGAAAUACGACGCAGAUAACACCGGCGGAACUUUCAAAGUGUCAGAGGACGCUGAGUACCGGUGGAAGACGCACAAGGGCCGCUUCCAGCUCAUUAAGUCCGACGACCCCGAGAAGAAGCCGCUCGCUGAGUUCCACCCACACCAGCGGCACUUCUUCGUCUUCCGGAUGUCGAAGCACGCCUACUUCCAGCUCCAGCCAAUCCCGGAGAUCAUGCAGGCGAUCGACAAGUUCAUCGUGAGCUAUCUCCUGGUCGAGCGCAGGCGGAGAGACUCGCGCAUCAAAGUGAAACUGCAGCCAAACUCAAACUAAGCGGUCCGGCGCACGUACACAUUCAUCACAUCCCUGUACCUGUGAUAUAUUGUGGCAAGCCAUCCUCUCAUUCAUUCUUGGGCUCUUCGACGGUAAAUUCGACACACAAGGCGUCCACAUCCUCGUCUGUCUGUAAUGGUCCCUCUAUUCUGUUCAUCGCACGCUUAAUACACUUAGAUUCCAUACAUCCA